CGGAUGCUGGGACAUAUUGAAUUCAAGUCACGACGGUGGAAUGACGUCAGCUCAAGACCCGCUGGUGACCUUCGGGUUGGUGACCGACGUGCAGUACGCGGACGUGGAGAACGGAUGGGACUUCCACCACAUCUCGCAGCGAUACUAUCGAAAUGCUCUGCCGCAGUUGCAAGCCACAGUCGAGGAGUGGCUGCGCGUGGCCAAGAGUGGAACGAAACUCCACUUCGCCGUGAAUCUGGGAGAUCUCAUCGAUGGCAAGAACCGUCCUGCUUCCACGUCUCGACAAGCUCUAGAAAGCGCCAAAGCGGCGUGGACACCGUUCCAAGACGCCGUGGGGCCAGUGCAUCAUCUGGUUGGCAACCACGAGCUCUACAACUUUCCCGCUUCAGUCAUUCAGAAGGAACUUCUGUACCAACCUCCAAGAGCGUCGAAAGAUGCGCCGCAACGUAGUUAUUACGACUUCCAAGUGCCCGAAGCACCAAAAUUUCGCUUUAUAGUACUGGAUUGCUACGGGAUGUCGAUCCUCGGACGGGAGAAGAGUGACCCGGUGUACCAGGAAGCUAUGGCCCUACUGCGGCGUGUGAACCCGAACGAGAACCUCAAUUCUCCGACGGGGCUUGUUGAAGAGCAGAGGAGAUUCGUGGCUUUCAAUGGAGCUGUGGAUCGAGAGCAGAUGAAAUGGCUGGAGUACACAUUAGUAAAGGCCACAGAAGCUGAAGAGAACGUGGUCGUCUUCACACACGUCCCCAUCCACCCGAAUACUUCGCCGACACCUUCGAGUUUGUUGUGGAAUUAUCCGGAAGUUCUGGAACUUAUUCGACGCUUUGCUUGUGUCCGCGUGGUCUUUUCAGGCCAUUCACAUGCUGACGGAUACGUGUACGCUCACGAAGGCAUGCACAACAAAGGGGUUCACUUUGUCGUUUGCGAUGCCAUUCUGGAAUGUGCUCCAUCCGAAACUGCACAUGCGCUAGUGCACGUGUUCGAAGACAGACUGGUCGUCCAGGGCUAUGGCAAGAUCCCCACACGCGAACUGCGAUUCCCAAAGGAAGAUAAGACACCGGAAGAGUGAAGACGCUGCUGGAAUUGUCUGAGACUUGCCGCCCCAUCGGUUGAAGCGCGUGUAUGCCUAGAGUAGAGUUACGUUGCAGAGAUAGAGAUCAAUGUUCCCACAAUACAACACACGCCACAGCGCCUGUGGUCGUAGCUUGAUUGGCUUCAGGCGUGGGGUUUCUUAUUUACGCAACGCGUCAUUUUUCACUCAGAGGUUUUGCUAGCUGGCUAGCAUAGAUGGUCACUAACUGACUGGCUUCACCUCGUCCGCCUUGCCUGCGUCUGCAAAUUUCCUGUCUCCUGCAAUAGGCUCUCUCAUUUUAUCAGUAGAAACAACCUGGCACUGCG